AUGCCGCAGUCACCGCUGCCUGUCGCACCUCUCCUGGUAACUGACUUCUGCCCAGGAAGCAGAAGGAAGCCAAAGGAACUUUUUCCCCUGGUUCCUGUGGGCGCACAUGGGCAGACACAGCCCUCGGCCACCCCGGCAUCUCCCGGGCUUUGCGCAGGGUGUGGAGGUGGUGGCUCAGCCCUGCUGGUCCUGUCCGGUGGGACGCAGCUGUGUGUCCAUGCAGCUGCGAUCCCGACCCAAAGCCAGGAGAGGAACCAAAGCCAGCGCUUCGCCCUGCCACCCCACCUCCACGGCGUGCCCAGAGGGGACAGGGAGGGGACGCUGGCCACAGGUCCAGCCAGCGAUGCUGCGGACAGUCCUGAGCCUUCCAGGAGACCAGCCCAAAACCUUGGGAUUAAUUACAGCAGAGCUGAGAGGCGUGGGAAAGCAGUGCCCAUCCCCUCGAAGGCCAACGGCACCACCAUUCCCACCCUGUCGAUGAACAAGGACGGUCUGAUCGGAGGGGUGACGAAUCCCAACGAGGUCUUCUGCUCCGUGCCUGGCCGCCUCUCCCUGCUCAGCUCCACCUCCAAGUACAAGGUGACGGUUGGGGAGGUGCAGCGGAGGCUCUCGCCCCCCGAGUGUCUCAAUGCCUCUCUCCUCGGAGGAGUCCUCCGCAGAGCAAAAUCAAAAAACGGGGGUCGGUGUUUAAGGGAAAGGUUAGAGAAAAUCGGACUGAAUCUACCUGCGGGAAGGCGCAAAGCUGCCAACGUCACCCUGCUGACGUCCCUCGUGGAAGGUGAAGCCGUUCACCUGGCUCGGGAUUUCGGGUAUGUGUGCGAAACAGAGUUCCCAGCCAAGGCGGCGGCAGAGUACCUGUGCCGACAGCACUCCGACCCCACGGAGCUCCACACCAGGAAAAACAUGCUGCUGGCUACCAAGCAAAUUUGUAAAGAGUUUGCAGACUUGAUAGCCCAGGAUCGCUCCCCGCUGGGGAACAGCCGCCCCUCACUCAUCCUAGAGCCAGGUGUCCAGAGCUGUUUGACUCAUUUCAGCUUGAUAACCCACGGCUUCGGGGGCCCAGCCAUCUGCGCAGCGCUCACAGCCUUCCAGAACUACCUGGUGGAGUCCCUCAAGGGGCUGGAUAAAAUGUUCAUGAACAGCACAGGCAACGGGCACACGGCCGGAGACUCCAAAGCAUCAGAAAAAGAAGUGAAGCAUCGGAAAUAA